AUGGAUCCACCACUUUGUGUCAAUGGUUGCGGCUUCUAUGGUUCUGCUGCCAACAACAAUCUUUGCUCGAAGUGUUACAAAGAUCACAUCAAAGAAACCUUCAUCAUCGAGGAAUCACAAAGCAAUAAUAAUAAUGGAACAUUAUUAUUAGAUGAUACCAAAUCUAAUGAUAAACCACCAUUAGCUGAUGUGUUUCAAAGAUUUACCAAAGACCUUGGUGCAACGGUUGAUGAUAUUUCUAACAAUAACAAGAAGAAUGAGACGAAGAAAAGGUGCAAGACGUGCAAUAAAAGAGUUGGAUUAACAGGAUUUGAGUGUCGAUGUGGAGAUUUAUUUUGUGGAAAGCAUAGGUAUCCAGAAGUUCAUGAAUGUAAAUUCAAUUUUAAGGAUAUUGGUCGCAAUAUUUUAGCAAAGCAGAAUCCUCUUUGUAUUGGUGAUAAGUUAGAUGAAAGAAUUUAG